UGCCGAAACAUCAUAUUUAGGGAGCCAAUACCAGACAUGGUGUUAAAAAAUCACGUGAUCAAGAGUGUUAUGGUAACUGAUGAAGGGAGCUGCAGAGUGAUGUGUUAUAUGGAGCCUAGUUGUGUGUCCAUCAAUAUUGGUCCAUUUGACGGGGAAAAGCAAAAAUGCGAGUUGAACAACGCAACGGGGGAAAACCAUGCUCCAUUUCUUCUCACUAAUAAACCAGGUUACAAUCAUCUUGCAGUCGAGAAUCCAUGCAGCAGCAGCCCAUGUUUGAACAAUGGCACCUGUCAAGCUGGAUUCACCAAUAAAGGUUUUCGUUGUGUUUGUCGUGAUGGAUUCACAGGGGAGAACUGCCAAUUUCGAGCUUUUAAGAAAAAUUGUGCUGAGAUUUUCAAUGCUGGGGAAAGAAGAGAUGGUAUGUAUACCAUUAAACCUGAUAAUCUGCCGGGCUUUGAUGUAUUCUGUGACCUAACAACAGCUGGUGGAGGGUGGACGGUGUUCCAGAAGAGACUGGAUGGUUCGGUUGACUUCUACCUCAAUUGGAUAGACUAUAAACACGGAUUCGGAGAUCUAAACGGUGAAUUCUGGCUGGGACUGGACAAGAUUCAUCGCCUGACCUCUGAUAAUAACAACGUGCUGCGUGUAGACUUGGAAGACUUUGAAGGAAGUCAUACCUAUGCUGAGUAUAAGAUGUUUGGUGUCAAAAGUGAAAAUGAUAAGUACAAGCUAAUCCUUGGUUCUUAUUCAGGGAAUUCUGGUGACUCUCUUGCUGUACAUCGCGGUAUGCCAUUCACCACUAGAGAUCAAGAUAAUGAUAAAGGUAAUGAUAAUCAUGGAGGUCUCAACUGCGCCAUUAAGUUCAAAGGAGCCUGGUGGUACAAGAAUUGUCACCGCUCAAAUCUUAAUGGUUUAUAUCUUCGUGGAAGUCAUUCCUCCUUUGCUGAUGGAGUGAACUGGAAAGACUGGAAAGGACAUUAUUACUCUCUAAAGAGAACCGAGAUGAAAGUAAGACCAGUGGAUUUCUGAACUGUCACGUUUAUGGCA